GGUAAGCCGAGGUGGUGAAACAUUUUUUUCCUUUACUUUUUACUUGGGUAACGGUGGUCGUCCCCUUGGUGGCAAUAGAGAGACAGAGAAAGAAAGAACUCAACGCUUCCUCAAUCUUCACUCUGAGUCGGGCAUUGAUUGAACUGAUUGAAUUCAAUGUCGGAAAUGGCUCCGACGGAUCCUGAAGGCGUGGACGGAGUGCGCAUGACGUGGAACCUGUGGCCGCGCACCAAGGUGGAGGCGAGCAAGUGCGUCAUACCCCUCGCCGCAACCAUUGCCCUCCUCCGUCCCCACCCAGACAUUCCCCCCACGCUCCCCUACGCGCCUCUCUGCUGCAAGACCUGCUCCUCCGUCCUCAACCCCUUCUCGCGCGUCGACUUCACCGCCAAGAUCUGGAUCUGCCCCUUCUGCUUCAACCGCAACCACUUUCCCCCUCACUACGCCCAAAUCUCUGAAACGAACCUCCCUGCCGAACUCUAUCCCCAGUACACCACUCUCCAAUACCAACUUAACAACAACAACAUCAACCCUAACUUCACCCAUUCCCCUGUCUUCCUCUUCCUCCUGGACGCCUGCGUAAUUGCCGAAGAACUCCACUUUCUCAAAUCCGCGCUCCGCCGGGCCCUCGGGCUUCUUCCCGACAACGCGCUCGUUGGCUUCGUGUCAUUUGGCACGCAGGUCCAGGUGCAUGAGCUGGGCUUCUCCGACAUUUCCAAGGUUUACGUUUUCCGUGGGAGCAAGGACAUUUCCAAUGAUCAGAUUUUGGAACAGUUAGGUCUCACCGCCGCUAGGAGGGCCUAUACCAAGGGAGGGACGAUUGCGCAGGCUCAGCCACCUUCUGCUGCUGUCACCAGGUUCUUGCUGCCUGCUUCUGAUUGUGAAUACACUCUCAAUUCGGUGUUGGAUGAAUUGCAAACUGACCAGUGGCCGGUUUCGAUCGGGAAGCGCCCUGCACGGUGUACCGGCGUGGCGUUGAGCGUAGUAACGGGGUUGCUCGGUGCUUGUAAUCCCGGGACUGGGGCUAGGAUCAUUGCUUUGGUUGGUGGUCCCUGCACUGAAGGACCUGGUUCGAUUGUGUCAAAAGAUCUAUCUGAUCCUGUGCGUUCACAUAAAGAUCUUGAUAAGGAUGCAGCACCAUACUUCAAGAAAGCAGUUAAGUUUUAUGAGGGUCUAGCGAAACAGCUGGUUAUCCAGGGUCACGUUUUAGAUCUUUUUGCAUCGGCCCUUGAUCAGGUUGGAGUAGCAGAAUCAAGGUUGCAGUUGAAAAAACUGGUGGCCUUGUUGUCCUGUCGGAAAGUUUUGGUCAUUCGGUCUUCAAGGACUCUUUUAAGCGUGUUUUUGAGGAUGGGGAGCAAUCUCUUGGUCUUUGUUUCAAAUAAUGGAUGUACGGUAUUACCAAGUAAAAAAUACUCCAAUUUAGCCCACUACAAAAGGGGAAGGAUGAACCAAAAAUUGAUGACUAAAGGUUAUGCUUCUACAUUGUUGGAAUUGGUCCAAGGAUUUGACCAAGAAACUGCUGCAGUAGUAAUGGCAAGGCUUGCGUCUAUAAAAAUGGAGACAGAGGAAGCAUUUGAUGCCACACGAUGGUUGGACCGUUUACUGAUUCGGCUUUGCUCUAAAUUUGGUGACUACCGCAAGGAUGACCCAUCAUCUUUUACAUUGAAUCCAUCAUUUUCCUUAUUCCCCCAAUUUAUGUUCAAUCUGCGAAGAUCACAGUUUGUACAGGUUUUUAAUAACAGUCCAGAUGAGACUGCAUACUUCCGCAUGUUGUUAAAUAGGGAAAAUAUAAGUAAUGCCGUCGUCAUGAUUCAGCCAUCUCUAAUAUCAUAUUCAUUUAAUUCGUUGCCUGCACCAGCAUUGUUAGAUGUGGCUUCCAUUUCAGCAGACCGGAUUUUGUUGCUUGAUUCAUAUUUUAGUGUGGUUAUUUUUCAUGGAAUGACAAUAGCCCAAUGGCGCAACAUGGGAUACCAUAACCAGCCAGAGCACCAGGCUUUUGCACAACUAUUACAAGCUCCCCAAGAUGAUGCCCAAAUCAUAAUUAAAGAACGUUUCCCUGUCCCUAGAUUGGUAGUGUGUGAUCAACAUGGUUCCCAAGCUAGAUUUUUAUUAGCAAAACUGAAUCCUUCAGCAACAUACAAUAAUGCACAUUAAAUGGCUGCUGGUUCAGACGUAAUCUUCACUGACGACGUGAGUCUUCAAGUUUUCUUUGACCAUCUCCAGAGGCUGGCUGUCCAAUCCUGAUAAUAGUAGUAACUGACAGAUUUUUGACUUUGGUUCGGACAGUGCGCCAACUGUAUCCUACGUUUCGCUGUGAAGUGUUAUUCUUUAGGGCUACGAUCGGAGUUUUAUCAUGGAGAAAUAAGGGCCUCCAAGGUGUUGUUGAGUUUGGGUGUUGCGGAACGAAGGAUAAUGAAAUGUAAGUUAAAGAGCUACUUGCGUGAAUGCAGUAAAGCGAAUGAGGGAGAAAGAUAGUUUUAUAUAGCAUUUUUUUUUCUAUUGUUUUAUAAAUUGAUAUAGUUAGUUGGCUUACUGGUGUAUAUGUUGCAUUGUAAUUAAAGUCAUCUUAUUAUCUCGGAGUUUAAUACAAUUAAAAUCUUUGCAAAACUCUGUAUAUGAAGUUAGGAUUGCAUGACACAUCCUGGUGAAGUGAAUCCUUCUUUUGUA